AAAUUUAUGCGGCCGGUUCUUUCUCCUGGACACUUCAAAUCUAUCGAUGGCACCGUAGUCGUCUGCGCGGCUCAGGUGCCUGCGAAUAGGCAAUUGCAGUUGCACCGUCGUCGACGUCAACGCUGCCAUGGCUCCCAUCGACAAUCCCAUUCCCUUGCCUCAGCUUUCCCGGCUCCAUCAGCCUGAGGUGGAACAGGCUGCAGAUUACUUCUCUGCUCCUCCUGACACAUUUGUCUUCGAGGAUGAACACAACUCAGACGACUCGGGCGACAUCUAUCGCGGGGAGCCACCCCGCCCUCCUUCACCGCCAAGGUCCCUUCGCCCGGGGUCCGUGGCGUCCUCGUCAUCAUCCUCGUCAUCUUCAAGCUCCAGUUCUAACUCAUCUGUCUUCGGUGGCAGGCUGGGUGCUAUCUCAGGACUGGUCGAACGAGCUAUCACCCACUGGGCGCGACACUGGGCUACAUCCUCUUCAGACUCCCUUUCGAUGACCUCAUCCUCUUCGUCCUCGACCCAACAGUCUAUCGUCACCGUGUCUCGCUCUCAUCUUUCUCGACGCAGGAGGCGCCAAUCCAGUUUGGCAGAAGCACGAUACGCAAGGUCUGAGUGGGAAGUUCAAGCUAGGAUCAGGGCACGAGCCGAGGCCAGGCAGGCCCCCCGGGAAUUCGUUCUAUACACCCCUCAAUUCCACGAUCAACUUGCCCCAGGUCGGUCUAAACGUCGUCAGCGCGACGAGACUGGUGUGCUCCGCACGACCUCUCUGCCUGACAUCGUUGGAGAGUUGAGCAUUGCAUUGAAAGAUAACCAGAAAAUCCGUCGAGCCCAGAACGCCGCGCAGGAGAGCAAUGGCACGUCUCGCGAUAGCCAUUCUCGCACCCCUCCGGAUGGGGUAGCCCAGGACCCUACGAUAUUCGUACACGACUAUAUGAUUCCCGAUAAUCAACUUCCCGACGACGUUCCUGCGUCAUCGGGCCCCCGAGGGCGGCGGCGGCGGAAGGGGAAGCAGAGGGCGAUGGAUGGACCAGUGCAAGCCCUGUCGCCCAUCACGCUCUCAAAAACGCUUUCGCAAAAAGAUCUGGACAAGGCAUGGUGGCUGGAUGUUGCCAGUCCGACAUGGGAAGACAUGCGCGCGAUUGGCAAGCUAUUACAACUGCAUCCUCUCGCAUUGGAAGAUAUAUUGCAACGAGAAACCCGAGAGAAGCUUGAGUUGUUUCCCAAACUUGGUUACUAUUUUGUUGUCUUCCGCGCUAUCGAAAGCCAGAAGAGCCGGCAACGACGCCUACUGACCGAUCUCAGUGUCAACCCUACCCUGAUCGAGAGCAGCAUCAUUGCGGAAGUUAGCGUGUACCUGGUUGUAUUCAGGGAGGGUAUCGUCUCAUUCCAUUUUGAGGACAUAGCUGAACAUACGGACCUUGUCAGGAGCAAAGUACUUGCUUUAGCUGAAUCAGGGACCGUUACUAUGUCAUCUGAUUGGAUUGCGCACGGUAUCAUCGAUUCCAUCGUCGACUCCUUCUUCCCCUUCCUUGACGAGAUCGAAAGGGAGAUUAUCAACAUCGAGAACCUCAUCUUUUCCGAUGACAGCUCGCGCUUGCACCGAGCGACAAUGCAUGAUAGCCUCUCCGAGCCAUCCAUGUCUAGCACGGACUUCGCUGGUUCAGAAGACUCAACCCCUUCGCGUGAAAAGGAGAAAACGCUUUUGCCGGAGUUGAUAGAAAAGCUGGAGAAAUCAGGGCAAAGCAAUACUCACUCAGGAAUGCAGUUCUCUAUUCCUAAACAUCGCGGGUUGUCUCUGCGGCGUAUCAAGCAGUUCAUCCGCACGCUAUCCCGCUUCUCGUCCAACCUGCAGGUGAAGCAGUCCCAGAAGCUCCCCGCCCCAAAUACUGUUCAUCGUGUCGCGCAUGUGAGGAGGCUGGUCACCUCCCUGUCCAGAUUCUUGGCGACGAAGUCCGAGGUUGUUGCCCAGGUCAAAAAGCGCAUACUUACGACGGGCGAGAACGGCCUCGGGAAUGGAACUGGCGAUGACGAAGAUGUCUUUGUGUACAUGGGUGACAUUCAAGGUUCGUCAUGUUUGUUUGUUCAGCGCAUAGUAUCUGAUUAUUCCCUAGAUCAUAUUCUGACUCUCCAACAAUCUUUGGCCCACUACGAGCGCUUGCUUAGCCAAUCGCACCCUACGUACCUCACACAACUGAGGCUGUCCGUGUCCAGAGCCAAGUCUGGAAGUGACAAGGCUAUCCUUUUCCUGUCAGUUAUCUCUAUGGCUGUUCUUUGUGUACAGGCCAUUAUCGGUAAGUGCUCCUCUCUACUGUGAUU